UCAAUUCUUCCAUUUGUUUUCUGCUUCUUGGUCUCUCUAACCAGUGAACUUUUGGCUCCUAUCAUAACCUGAAUUCAAUCUCACUUCCUUGCUUCUUUUUUUCAAAAAUUAUUAUUUACAUGCAUUUCAAGCUCCAUUUUUGAAAGCUCUUUCUAUCACUCAAUAGCCCAACAGAAGUUCAAUAGCUUACUCAACUGCGUUUAUAUUUUUUUACAUUUACAUUGAUAUACAACGAAAAGGAAGCUAACCCAGAUCAAGUUUUCACUUUUUUUGUUUCCUGGUGAAUAAGGAAACAUGAAUCCUUGUGGAAGAGUUAAACAAGAGUUUCCAGGAGCAAGCUCAUCAUAUCCUGGUAUGCCUUUUAUGGGUAACCCUCAACCAAUGGAAGGACUCCAUGAUGCAGGUCCUCCUCCUUUCCUCACAAAAACAUAUGAUAUUAUUGAUGAUUCAAGCACCAAUCACAUCAUCUCUUGGAGUAGAGGCAACAAUAGUUUCAUUGUAUGGGAUCCCCAGGCAUUUUCCAUGAGUCUUUUGCCUAGAUUCUUCAAGCACAACAAUUUCUCAAGCUUUAUCAGGCAGCUCAAUACCUAUGGGUUUAGAAAGGUUGAUCCAGAUAGAUGGGAGUUUGCUAAUGAAAGGUUUCUUAGAGGGCAAAGGCAUCUGCUCAAGAAUAUUAGGAGGAGAAAGACCCAUCAACCUCAGGCUUCACAGUAUGCUGUAGAUCCUUGUGUUGAAGUUGGGAGGUUUGGACUUGAUGGAGAGAUUGAUAGGUUAAGGCAUGACAAGCAGGUUUUAAUGAUGGAAUUGGUGAAACUUAGGCAACAAGAGCAGAACACUAGAACUUGCCUGCAAGUGAUGGAAGAAAGAGUAAGGAAGACUGAGAUAAAACAGCAACAAAUGAUGAACUUCUUGGCCAAAGCAGUGCAGAAUCCAAACUUUGUUCAGCAACUAGUCCAACAGAAAGAUAGGAGAAAAGAACUCGAGGAAGCAAUCACCAAGAAGAGAAGGCGGCGGAUUGAUCAAAGGUCCAGCAGUGUUGAAACUAAUGAAAUAGGCCAGGGUGUGGGAGGAGGAACAUUUGUCAAGACUGAACCUGAGGCUGCGGACUAUGAUGAUAUUGCUGAGUUUGAAGUUUCAGAGCUAGACAAACUUGCCAUGGACUUGCAGGGACUAACUGGAAGCCAAAAGAACAUAGAGCUUGAGCAUUUAGAGGAAAGAGAAGAACAUUAUGGAAGUAAAGAUAAAAAUCUUGAUGGGGGGUUUUGGGAUGAUUUAUUAAAUGAUGAUAUUGAGCAAGAAAUAUCAGCUUUAGGUGUUGGAGAUGAAGAUGAGGAAGAUGUCGAUGUUUUGGUUGAGCAGCUGGCCUACUUGGGUUCUAGUCCCAAGUAGAGAGAAGAAGCCUCAUCCAUGAUCUAACCGUUUCGUUUCUGUCUUCUUCAUAAUUGAUGGCGGCCUAAGGGGUCACAGUGAUGCCAAAACCAAGUAUAACGACUUUAAGGUUUGUUUCUUGAAUCUUGACAUAGACAAAAAGGAACUAAUGCUGGUAGAUUUAAAUUGGAAGAAUAUUGUGUUGAUCAUAGAAGAUCAGCAAGACUCAACCAAUGUGCAGUAGCAAAAUUAGCUUGUUUUCUUCUCUGGGAUAUUCAAAACAAUAACAAGUUUACUAUUAUUGGUGUUCUUGUAGUGCCUUUCAUACCUUAAUAUCUGUUUAAUUUCUUAUAAUUCAGCAGUAUUUUAGUCAUUGUAGUCAGCUGUUGGAACUUAGGAAAACCCUCAUUGAUUAUAACAUCUUUCAAGUUAUAUUUUCAGUUGUAGAAUGAUUUUUAAUAAUUUCAGGGUGCAUGGAAUGGAAUAUUUUAAAUUUGUUUUCCUAAUCGAGUCAGGAUGACGGAUAGUUAUGGUUAAGGAUAGGGUUC